AUGCUCUCGCUGUCUCUCGUCCCCCUCUCGCUCUCGCUCCUCGUCUCGGCCAGCCUCCAUCGCUCGCUGCUGCCAGAGGAUCCCUAUGCAUUUCCAAAAUACCGCGUGACGUACUUGAACGGCCUCCCCGUCCUGAACGAGACCGCCGACCGGUGGCUGCGCGAAGGCCUCAAGGGUGGCCAGCCAGAGUUUCUCGACGAGGCUUGGGAAUGGGGCGAGACAGGCUGGCACAGUGGCUCGCUGAAGGGCAUCGAGGGCGGCAGGGAACAGGGCAGUGGUACCACGCCUGCACCAGAUCCCCCGCAGGGACUGAAUUACGCCCUGGAGCUCAUGAGGUUGGGCCCCCGGAUGGCAUACCUAUGUCUCAUCCCGCCUCCACCAGAUGAAAGCGCUGCAACUGUCGCAGACGAGCCGGAGCCUGAUGUAUCGCCGCUAUACGGCUGGUCGCUCUUGCAACCGCUCAAUGGCAAGUGUCUUUAUCACAGGCAAGGCUGGUUCACCUACGCAUAUUGCCACAAUUCACAUGUACGCCAAUUCCACGAACAACCUCAGCAGGCCAACAAUCGGCAUGGCGAAUAUACCCCCGAGGAAGACUCGGAAUGGGAAGCCUAUACCCUCGGACGAGCACCGCCCACUCCAGAACCUGGCGCGGAUCUCACUGUUGCAGAACAAGCAGCUAUUGCCGCAAACGUCGAACUCGCCCGUGGCGCAGGCUCACGUUACCUGGUACAGCGCUGGGGUGACGGAACGUACUGCGACAAGACGGGCAGGAAGCGUGAGAUCGAGGUGCAGUUCCACUGCUCGAUGACGAUGACAGACACCGUCCUCUUCGUCAAGGAGACCCUGACGUGCCACUACGUGCUCCACAUCGCGACACCGCGGCUGUGCGGCGUGCCAGGCUUCAAGUCGCGUGUCGACGACCGGAACGAAGCCUUCAUCCGCUGCCGUGAGGUCCUCGACGAGACCGAGUACCAGAAUGCAGACAGGUCGCUACAGGCAGCGGAUCGCCCACUCAAGGUGCCGAAGAAGACGAAACCCGUCAUCGCGCCUCCUCCUGCCCCGGAGCCAGUUGUAGAAUCCAAGCUGCCGCGGGAUGUCAUCCGCCAGGCCCUGGCAAAAUUUCUGGAAAAGGACGCGAUGAGGGCGGGCCCGGGCGCAGACGUCUACGUCGAGGAACUCGAGGACGACAACGGCGAAUUCGUGAUCGAGUUCAUCGACCUCGACCUCGAUUUGGGCGGCGAAGAUCUCCAGGACCAGCUCGAUGCAGCGGGAGAUCAGUUGGCCGAUGCGCUACGUGCGGCUGGGUAUGGCGUCAAGGGCGAGAAGCAGAGUAACGAGAAGAAGGAAGGCAAGGGCAAGGGCAACGGGAAGAAGAAGCCUGCCAGAGAGGGCAACGGCGAAGGCGAAGCUAAACUUCGCCGGGAUGAGCUCUAACGAGGGAGAAGCAUCGUACUGAUUCUUGACCUGCUUGCUUGUCAUACUUGUGUCAUGUACUUCAAAGCUUCAUUUCCGCUGUCUGUCUAGACCCUUUGCAAUGCUCUCAUCUUAUCUCCCUUACGUGUCGUCACCACCCCGCCGAGGCACACGCACAAAGGCGGAUUGCAAACGAUUGUUCAAAGAAAUGUAUUGCAGUAUUGAUGAGGCUUUAUUACUAGUACAGAGCACUUUCUCUAACUUCACUAUCGUAGACAUGUACAUAUGUGUUUUGGGCCGCCCCGCCGGGCUGCGAAGAUCUAUGGCAUCAAGGAUCGUCGGGCGCAUGCAGGGCGGACGCGGACGGGGCGCAAACGAGGGGUCAGGGCAUGCAAGACAAACGGCCCAAACAAGACGAAGAUGAAGCAAGCAGGCGGGCUCUAUGCACAAAUGCCAUAUAGAAGCGUCCGAGCGGAUGGCAAUAACGACGACGAAGACGAACAAUAAAGAGCUGA